ACAAAAUGGAUAGCGAUAUCUUUAAUUACCACCUUGUCCAAUCCAUUGAAAAUCCAAUGCUCAAUGUUGAUGGAGCCUUUGGGUUUUACUCUGGGCUUUAGCCCAAAGUGUCGUUCUUCCCCUGAAAAUCCCAGAACUCAUAUAACAUCCGUUCAUCCCAAUUACUUGUUUUUUUUUUUCAGGAAACUGUGAAGCUUUCUAUUUGGUAUUUGCUUUUGAAUUUUCUUUGGUUUUGGUUGUACUGAUGGUCACCUCUGCUUGUAAUAUACCUUAUUGUUCUUACUCAACAUACCCAUUUAUCAACAAAACCAAGAGGCAAAUUCACCCGCAAUCUCGGGGAAACAGAAACCCAUUAUUAUUCCAAAAAAAAGGGGCAAAAUUCAGUUCUUGUAAAGUCAACAACCAGCCGGAAAUCGCCUCCAGCAAUGUAGAAGAAAAGGGAAAACCAGAAACAAACGAAGAAAAGAGAAGGUAUAAGUGGGUUGAGAUUGGUCCCGACAUUGCAGAAGAACAGAAACAAGCAAUUACCGAACUUCCAUUUAAGAUGACCAAGCGAUGUAAGGCUUUGAUGAAACAGAUUAUUUGUUUUUGUCCUGAAAAGGGGAGCUUGGCGGAUUUGUUGGCUGCUUGGGUUAAGAUUAUGAAGCCCAGGAGAGCUGACUGGCUUGUGGUUCUUAAAGAAUUGAAGAUAAUGGAACAUCCUCUUUAUUUUGAGGUGGCAGAGCUUGCCCUACUUGAAGAAUCUUUUGAAGCCAACAUUCGGGAUUUCACUAAGAUAAUCCAUGGUUAUGGGAAGCAAAAACGGCUGCAAGAAGCUGAAAACAUUCUUGUUGCCAUGAAGAGAAGAGGUUUCAUCUGUGAUCAGGUAACUCUAACAACCAUGGUUCACAUGUACAGCAAGGCUGGAAAUCUUAAGUUGGCUGAAGAAACCUUUGAAGAGAUUAAGCUGCUUGGCCAACAACUGGAUAAAAGAUCAUAUGGCUCAAUGAUCAUGGCUUACAUCAGAUCUGGAACGCCUGAACAAGGAGAGGCUUUGCUUAGGGAAAUGGAUUCUCAAGAAAUUUAUGCUGGAAGUGAGGUUUACAAGGCACUACUGAGAGCAUACUCCAUGCUUGGUGAUGCCAAUGGUGCACAAAGAGUGUUUGACACCAUUCAGCUUGCUGGUAUUUCUCCUGAUGCUAGGAUGUGUGGACUCCUAAUAAAUGCCUAUCAAUCGGCGGGUCAAAGUGACAAGGCACAUAUUGCUUUUGAAAAUAUGAGGAGAGCUGGUCUUGAGCCUAGUGAUAAAUGUGUAGCUCUGGUGGUAGCUGCUUAUGAAAAGCAGAACAAGCUUAAUAAGGCCUUGGACUUCCUGAUGGAAUUGGAGAGAGAUGGAAUUGUGGUUGGGAAAGAAGCUUCAGGUAUACUCGCUCAAUGGUUUAAAAAGCUUGGGGUAGUCGAACAGGUUGAACUUGUCUUGAGAGAAUUUGCUGCUAAAGAAACCAAUAGCAAAGUUCCUGCCUCCUAAUUAUCUUGUUGCCAAGUUCUAAGAACUGGAUACACCCUGAAAUUUUCCUGACCCUUGGCAUCUUUUAACGGUGAUGGUUUAUUGCCUGAUUUUUGCUAAAGAGAUUUGUCCAUGUGCAUAUGACUAUUUCGAACUUGGUUAAUGUCUCGGUCCGAAACAUCUGGACCAGUUGUGAUCACUGUUAAGAACUUGGGCCUAAUCUACAUGGCAUUUUUGGUCCAUGGUUCUGGACAUUUGGGUCCGGCUAAAAACUCUUCAAGGGUUCGAACGUCUCUUUCUACUCAGAUCGACUGGCUGGAGAGCUGAAAUGGGUUCGGUCUGAUUUGGGCCCAUAUAUCUGUGUUUAAAGCGUUAAACCUAAGAUCGAAAAUAUAUAACUUGUAAUUAUUACAUUAUUCAAUCACAAUACCGAAGUUUAUACUUAGAAA